AUGGCCAUUGACGUGACGCCGAAGCACAUCGUCGCCGUUCCUUACCAGGCCUGGGGCCAUGCCCGCCCCCUCAUCAACCUCGCAGCGCGUUUGGUGAAGCUGCGAAACAUCGCCGUCACGCUGCUCACGACGAGCCAACUCUAUAGUCGCGCCAUCUCCGAGAUUGCUCGGAGUUUUGUGCCUGGUGAAGAGGAGUUCGCGAACCGAAUCAGAGUCGUGUCCCUCGGCGACUCGCAUGCCUUUUCCCCCGACGGCAUCGGCGCUAUAUUCAAGCCAGCCUGGAAGAAGAUCUCGGCCGGAGAGGCCGUUUUAUGUGCAGAGACUGGGGUUCUGUUCGACGCGCUUCCGGUUCCCGAGGCGAGCAUCGUCGACCUCUUCGCGAUCGAGCCUGUUCGUGUCAUCAAGAAGCUAAGCGGAAAGUCAAUAAAAAUUUACUCCUGGGUUCCUGGCGCGACCUCCGCAUUGUUUCACCUUUUCGGACCCGAGAACCUGGGCGGGAGGGGCGACAUUGUCGCCAAAGUCGAGGCGGAAGUUAAACGGACGGGCCGUCGGUUCGAAGACGUCGCUGCAGAGCUUAUCUUCACACCCAAGGGCGAAGUUGUCAAGGUCCCCGCUUUGCCGCCUAUGUUCGACUACGAGUACUACCCUCAGGAUUUCCCUAUCCCCCGGGUCAUGGACCUCGGCCUCGCUAUAUACCCUUACGUCUUCGAGACUAUGGAAUCCUGCGACGGAGCAUUCCUCAUUACCGCCGAGCCCUACGAGCCCGAAGCAGUGGCCGCGGUCAAGAGUUGGUUUGGGAAGACCGGACGCCCGGCGUAUGUGUGCGGGCCCCUCUUGCCUCCUUCUUCCACGACAUCGACGGCGAACGAAAAGCAGCAGUCGACGGUGGCGGUUGAGAUUCAGGAGUUCCUGGAUUCCACGCUGAAGAACUCGGGCGAGAAGGCUUUGCUCUAUAUUUCAUUGGGCACUCUUUUCUGGCCAGUCAAAACACCGGAGCAGAUGUGGGUGAUCCUGGACGUCGUCAUGGAACGUAACAUUCCCUUCAUCCUGAGCCACGCGUCGCCGAUGGCCAUUAUACCGGAAGAAGUUAGAGAGAAGGUGAAGGCUUACGGGAGAGGCCUCUUGUCACCAUGGUCCCCUCAGCAGACGAUCCUCGAGCACCCCGUUACAGGCUGGUAUCUCACUCACGGUGGCCACAACGGUGUGACCGAAGCGGUGUGCGCCGGUGUUCCGUUCAUCCUCUGGCCGUUCGGCGGCGACCAGCCGCUCAACGCGGUCCACAUCUCCGAGCAGCUCAAGGUCGGGUACGAACUCAUCGAGGUGCGCACGGGGGUCGCUGGACGCCACACCAUCUAUGGCAAAGGGCGCGCACCGGUAGGCUCCAUCGAGGCAAUCAAAGCUGAGGUCCGCGAUGUGCUCACAAAGGCGUACGGACCCGACGGCGCGGAGAAGCGCCAGCGGCUCGUCGCACUCACGCGCGACGUCACCCACGAAUGGGAGGAGGGCGGCAGCGCUCUGCGGGACGUCAGGGCCUUCCUUGACACUCUUUGA